UGACAUGUUUUCUUGUGACGUUUGUCUUUCCUUCACCAAAGUGUUUUUUUCUGAAUUGAACUGUGCUGUGCGGACUUGUAAAAUAUGGCUGGUGCUUUUUACAGCGAAAAUAGUGAUGUUUCAGCCAUAUUCUUCGACUUGGACAACACAUUAAUCCAGACAAGAAAGGCGGACACGAGAACAUGCAAUAAGCUAGUGGAAGUUCUGCAGCAAGAGUACGGGCUGCCUCAAGAGACAGCUGUGGAAAGCGCCACGACGUUCCUCCGAGCGUUCCGGGCGCGGCCUGAUGAUGACUCCUUCGCGCUUGACGAGUGGCCCGCGCAUCUUUGGCGCAACUCGCUGCCGAAGAACUACAGGCAUAUCGCAAAGAAUAUUUCAGCAGAAUGGUUGAAUUUGAGAUUCAAAAAUUUAGCAUUAACAAAUGAUGUAAUACAUCUACUGGAGACCCUGCGGGAGGAUUACCUUCUGGGUCUGAUCACGAACGGGCCUUCGCGCGCCCAGUGGCAGAAGAUCGAACGGCUGGGGCUCCGCAAAUACUUCGACUGCGUGCUCGUGUCUGGAGACCUGCCCUGGGAGAAGCCAGACCAGGAAAUCUUUCUGGAGGCCUGCAAGCUUCUCAACGUCGAGCCAAAGACCUGCAUCAUGGUUGGAGACAAGCUGGAAACUGAUAUCAAGGGCGGAAAAGAAGCAGAACUAGGCGGUACAGUAUGGAUCCCCUUACAGAAGGAUGAAGAAUCGUCAGACUUGCCUGAUUUCACUAUUGAAAAUGUCACAGAGCUACCUGAGGUUCUGCCAAAUUCCCCCAAGCUAAAACGCUCUGCUCCCAAAGUUUGUUGAUAAUGCAGUAGGUAACACGCAUAUUUUGAGUAGAUUGUCUAGAAUCUGUUUUAAAUCUCAAUCGUCCACUUGAAAUAUGCGGUUUAGUUGUAUUAGAGAGAAUAUGUGUAUCUUAUUUAUGUACAGUCUCCUACUUUUGAACCACUUGCCUACAUCUCAUAUAAUGACGAUUGUGAUAGAUAUUAGUCGAAUUUUCAAUCAUUGGAUUAUCUUUUGGUUUAAAAUAAGUUUGACAUAAUGACUAUAUUUAUGUACUAAAAUAAUGUCAAACAUUGCUUUAGAUAAAAGUUAUUUCAAGAUUGUUAAAUCGGCCUUCACGAUUUCCUGCGUAUUUGUAUGGGAGCGCGGAGGUGGCCCUCCAUGUAACUCAUACAAAUGUUGGAUAAUUAUUAGUCACACGUUCAUUAUAAGAGACAUAUUCUUUAUCUGUUUUAGUUACCUUUGUAUGUUUUACUUUUGAUUAUUUUUGCCAAUUGAGGCUUAGAUUCAAUGUAUGCGAGUGGGUACAAAAGUAUGGGCUGUGCGUGUAUCUUGUUGUCUACUGAUGGUUUAAUGUAAGCAGUAUUCGAACAAAGUACAAACUUCAACUUUUAGUUACCAUUAAAAUUUCGCGGAGUUUUAAUGAGUCUAUUGCGAUAAUGCAUAGUUUUAAAAGAUGUUAUUUUUAUUGCAUUAGCACAUUUAUAUUUUCAUAUUUAGAUUAGGCUACUUGACUAGACUCAAUCGCUUGAUUGAGGAACCUCUAAUAUUUUUUUACUAUGAUUAGAUUUUGCAGCUUUUUUUAAAAAGGAAUGGAUAUUUAUCUAUACAGUACAGUGUAUCUAUUUUGAGUUCUCGAAACGAGUGAUAAUAUCUCUAUCAUUAUAAAGUUAAUUUUAAGACAUUAAAACAAGGGUUUAAAGUAAGUAUAAAGUAUUUUUAUACGAGAAGUAUAUUUUUAUUACUUGAAAUAUAGAACUUCUAUGUUAAAGACUAUACAUAUUACAAAGUAUCUUGAGAUGUGUGUAUGAAUCAUAUUAUUAUGUACCUAUCUGAUUAUGUAUUUAUUCUUCAAUUUGUUGAGGUUGAGAUGGAGGAUCUUAUUUUGGUUGUACUCUUUAUAGUAUUUUCUCAAGAGACUGUUUUUCAUGUGAUAUUGAUAUAAGUAGUUGUUCGAAUUUGUUUUUAGUGUUCUUGCUAAAUAGUCAAGUCUAUUUACUAUUUUGAGUCAUUGUAAAUAGGUGUUUUUAACUUUUAUAAUACCGUUCCUUUGUUAACCAUCCUUUUAGCUUCGACCUUUUAUUCAAAGUAAAUGUAGGGAAAAUCUCGAAAUUAAUUAGUAUUUUUGUAAGUAAGAUAAGAUGCAAAUCGCUACUUCCUUAUUUUUCCAUUGAGGAGUAGGUAUAUUGAUAUUUGGAGGUCAAUACAAAAUAGUUUAGAAGUAGACUUGCGACUAGGUGCCAUUAUUGCUGC